AUGAGUUUAUUUUCAUCAUUUCGAAAUGAUCCAUUUUUCGCCGGUAUCGAUAUGCCAUUUGGUGAUUUUGAUCGUCAUCAUGCUCUACCAUCAUCCUCGUCUCAUCGUGCACAAGAUUUUAGGAGCUCUGACACAAGAUUAAAUCGUAAUCUCGAUUUGAUGCUACGUGACAAUGGUGAAAAUGAUUUAUUUUCAAAUCCACUUUCCGUGAUGCAAAGAAUGAUGGGCAACACGCAGAAUAUGAUGGCAAAUAUCGAAACACGGAUGUCAGAUUCACAAAUGGGAUCGAAUGGCGUAUCCUUCUCAUCAUCAACAAUGUAUUCAAUGGACAAUCGAAGUGGAAAUGGUCAGCCAAGAAUAUUCCAGGCUACAUCAGAAAAAUUACGAGGACCAGAAGGGCUGGAGCGUACUCGAAAAGCUGUUCGUGAUACUGGUCGUAAUUUAGAGAAAAUGGAAAUAUCGCAUCGAAUUGGUGAACGUGGUCAUCGUGUAUUGCGCGAACGAGAUCCCAGUACCGGUCAGUUGAUUGAAAACAAAGAAUUUGAACACAUCGAUCCAAAUAAUGAAUCAUUAUUUCAAGAUGAAUGGAAUAAAAAAACACAAAAUAUUGGAAAUUUGAAUAAUGCACUCUUCAAUGCAAGAAUAGAUUAUACUCCGAUUGGUGAUCGAAAUCGAGCAGAAUCGAUGGAUCGUGGUGGAUCACGCUUAGCGAUUCGUCAGCCAUUGUACAAUACUAAGAAAAAUACAACAAAAAAAAGCAGUAAACACAAACAUCACACAAAAAAAUAG